CAAAAGAAUUUGUUUCCGUUGAUAUUUCCUCUCUCCCUCUAUUCAGUUUUUUAACAGUAAGCUCCCCCUCUAAGCCAUUCCUUCGGAGUGCUCUUCCAUGGCAUCUCCGUUAUCUUCCACCAUAUCUUAUUCCAAUCUCCUCUCUCACCGAUUUUUUUUCUUCACAGUACCACCAUCUUCUUAUUUCCCCACUCACCACCACUACCACAAGCAGUGGUCGCUAAACCAACCCAGAAACCGAAGAUUCUUGGCACUGUGUGCAAGUUAUGAGGUCGGUGGAGGCUUCUCACCGGAGGAAUUGAAUAUGCAAGAUAGAACUACGAGGAAGCAAGAACAAGACAACGAAAAGUUGGAUGCUUCCCAAUAUGAAGCUCUUUUUAAAGGCGGUGAACAGGUCACCUCUGUUCUUGAAGAGAUGAUCAAGCUUUUGGAAGAUAUGAACAUGGAUGAAGCAUCUGAGGAGGUGGCUGUGCAGUUAGCUGCACAAGGAGUGAUUGGGAAGAGAGUUGAUCAGAUGGAGUCAGGAUUCAUGAUGGCCCUAGAUUACAUGAUCCAGCUUGCUGAAAAGGACCAGGAUCAUAAGGAGGAUGGGAGCGGAAACAGUUGGUGCAAUUUGUGAUGAACUUGCAGUAGAGGAGAAUGCAACGUUACACAAUAUUAAUAAAGAACGUGCAGUGGAAGAUACUGCACCACCCCCAGUCGUCGUGCAAGGUUAUGGAUAUCAACGAGAUCUGAUAAGUGUAAUGAUAUUGAUUUUGGGUUGGUGUAAUACUCACCCAUGUUGUGUACUACUUGUUCAGUAGAGUUGGAUGAGUGUUGGGUUUUUUGUAAUGCUAUGCUUAUGUUACCUAUGCACUUGUGCCAUUUCUAGUCACCAGUUUGAAAUGAGAAAACAAG